AAAUUGUACGCAAAAUUACAAAAUAAGUCAGAACGGAGACAAGACGUAAGCCAGCCCCCUCGUUUUUUCCGGUCAAAAUAGUAACACUUCAAAUCUAUACACAUUGGUCCUUUUAGCUUGAUGGAAGCUCUCUCUCGAACGAUCACGCCUCAACGCACUCCUAUUCCUGUCAAGUACGACGCUCUUCGUCGGAAUGGAUUCACUUCAGUGAUCCUCCGAUCCAACGGUUAUUGUUUGACUAAAACUUGUAAGAGAAGCUGCAUUUUUGCUAUGAUUGAUCACAGCAAGGAACUUGAUUUCAACGAUCCUGAUUGGAAGUUUAAAUUCCAGAGAGAUUUCGAGGACCGGUUUAAUCUUCCUCAUAUAACUGACAUUUUCAAAGAUGCUAAGCCAAUUCCUUCUACGUUUUGUCUCAGAAUGAGGACUCCGGUUAAUGAGGAUUUUGCAGAUGGAUAUCCAUCUGAUGAGAAGUGGCACGGGUACAUUAAUAAUAACGAUAGGGUACUUCUAAAGGUAAUCAAUUACUCGUCUCCGACCUCUGCUGGAGCUAAGUGCAUUGAUCCGGAUUGCACUUGGGUUGAACAAUGGGUUCAUCGUGCUGGGCCCCGGGAGGAAAUAUACUUCAUACCAGAAGAAGUAAAAGCAGCCAUAGUUACUUGCGGCGGACUAUGCCCUGGUCUCAAUGAUGUCAUCAGACAAAUUGUAAUCACUCUUGAAAUAUAUGGUGUAAAAAAUAUAGUGGGGAUUCCAUUUGGUUAUCGUGGAUUUUGUAGCAAGGAUUUGACUGAAAUGCCGCUAUCUCGGAAAGUGGUUCAAAAUAUUCAUCUUUCUGGCGGAAGUUUGUUAGGAGUUUCACGUGGUGGACCUAGUGUUAGUGAAAUUGUUGACAGCAUGGAGGAAAAAGGAAUUAAAAUGCUCUUUGUGUUGGGCGGAAAUGGUACUCAUGCUGGAGCCAAUGCAAUACAUAAUGAGUGCCGUAAAAGGAGGAUGAAGGUUGCUGUAGUUGGUGUGCCAAAAACUAUAGAUAAUGAUAUUUUAUUGAUGGAUAAAACUUUUGGCUUUGAUACUGCUGUAGAAGAAGCACAACGAGCAAUAAAUUCUGCAUACAUUGAGGCACAUAGUGCUUAUCAUGGUAUUGGAGUUGUGAAAUUGAUGGGUCGUAACAGUGGAUUUAUAGCCAUGCAUGCAGCCCUAGCAAGUGGACAAAUUGACAUAUGUUUGAUCCCUGAGGUACCUUUCAGUUUACAUGGACCCCAUGGUGUUUUGAGGCAUUUGAAAUACCUGAUUGACACAAAGGGAUCGGUUGUAGUCUGUGUAGCAGAGGGAGCUGGACAGAAUUUAAUUGAGAAAACUAAUGCUACAGAUGCAUCUGGAAACAUUGUACUUGGAGAUACUGGUGUACACAUCCAGCAAGAGAUAAAGAAAUAUUUCAAGGAGAUUGGUGUUCCUGCUAAUGUGAAGUAUAUUGAUCCCACAUACAUGAUCCGUGCAUGCCGUGCAAAUGCGUCAGAUGGAAUUCUAUGCACUGUUCUAGGACAAAACGCUGUUCAUGGGGCAUUUGCUGGGUUUAGUGGCAUUACAGUCGGCAUAUGCAAUACUCACUAUGCCUACUUUCCUAUUCCUGAAGUUAUUUCUUACACCAGAGCUGUGGACCCUAAUAGUCGCAUGUGGCACCGAUGCUUGACUUCAACUGGUCAGCCCGAUUUUGUCUAAUAAUCAAGGUUUUUCUAAAUUAUGCCAAAUAGUGCAUUGAGUUCAAGUCACCAAUAUGGCUUGUGAGGAACAGAAAGUUAGGUCUUAGCUUCCGAAGCUUCAUAAUUAGGCUGCUCAUCAUGAGCUGUUAAUCAAAUAAUACAAAGGAUGAUAAUAUCACCAAAAUUAGAGAAUUUUCAGGUGUAGCAUUUCUGCACGUUUCCUGAUGGGCAUUAUAAUAAAAUUGCGUAGGAACCAGCGGAGAGAUCGUGCUUGAUUUUGUUGUUUCAUGUGACAUGUUUGUAUUUAUGAAUGAUGCCUAACUGUUCAUGACAUUGUCAAACAAGCCAACCAAAUAUGAAAAUGGCCUCAUAUAUUUAUUGAAUCAAAUUCCCCAGUGUUUCAAUGA